CUUGUCCCGGCUGUUGGGUGAAGUACUGCUCACUUCGUGACACCCGGACAUAGUAAUAAGUUACGGCGUCCACCUGCAGUUGUAGCGACGUUCAAGCAUGGAGGAGAGUCGUCCUGCUCUGCCUGGCUUGAAUGAUUUGGAGUCCAAGCUGGGUCGAAAAGUUCCGGAAAGCCUAAUUCGGUCGCUUGUUGGACACGAACACGAGGAGGAGAGGAACGUUGCUCUGCAUCCAGUCACCUGCACACUGAAGUCAGCGGAUGUAAAAAGACUUGAGAGCAAAAUCCAAUUCCUCAAACAAGAAAUGGCGCACUUGCGAGCCAUCGAUGUGAAGGUAAUGCAGCAGCUUCUAUCCGUCAAUGAGGGCAUUGAGUCCUUUCGCUGGUUGAUGGAAGAGAGAGAGGGCAUGGUUACCACAGAUGGCAGCCUGACGGGCAGCUUGUAUAGCCUCUCGGACAGCCAGGAGGGCACCUCGCUCGGAAGUAGCUUCAACAGCUUAAAUGAUGCCAGCAGCGAUGGGUUGGACGGCCUGUCUGUCGGCAGCUACCUGGACACGCUUGCAGAGGGCCUCCCGGACAACACCUCGCCUGUUGACUGUUACCUGGAGAAAACUGUUAUCGAUGGUGAUGCAUUCAACAAAACGCCGCUGAAAGUUCACGUUGAGUCAGACGAAUACUACUGCUUUGGAUAAUGAUGCGACCCAUGAAGAAAGUUCAAGCGAGUGAUUUAUUUUUUUUUAGUUUCUUGUUUUGAGCAUUCGUGGAUGUUUCCCUUGACUCACCGGGUGACUUGUCACUUUUUUCUUUGAAACCGGUUUUCCUUGAGAACUGUGUGUUUUAAAUGCACCACACCUUAUUGAAACUACUUGUCUCACCACGUGUUUAAGAACUGUUUCCUCUCUGAUGCUAUUUAAAAAUGUUCUGGUGUUUUUUUUUUUUUCCUAUUUAUUUUGAUCCUGCAGAGAUGAUCUCUCUCCUUAUUGUUUAACUGCUAAAGCUUGUGGUGAACUCUUGUACCCAAUGUUCAGAUGAUGUGAAGUAAGAGUUAUAGUUAAUUUAUGUUUGAAGUGAAUCUUGAAAAUACUGAGCACCAUCUGGUUGUUUUGUUUUUGCUUUUUUUAAACAUGACUGAAGUUUGAAAAGAUGUCCUACUAAAAAAUUGAAUUUUGAAGCAAUUCAGCUCGACUGAAAACUUUCACGAAAGAUCUGAUGCUUGUGUUUUUAUCUUCUAGAUCUGUGAAUGAUUGACAUGAAAGUCAUCUAAUAUAUUGUUAUUGCCAUCUGACUCACGUUCUGGCUUUUAUUUAAUUUCAAAGAAUCACACAUCACCCCGCUCCUUGACAAUGUUGUCAAGUCGACUCAUUUUUAGUGGCUUUGGGCUUCUCAUCAAUCGUGCAUUUUCGUUUUUUAUAAGGUGUUAUUUUGUGCUUGCUUUGCAGACUGUCUGAAACACGGUUUAUUUCUCCUCGCUGUCCAUUUACAUGCUACACACUAGUUUUUCCUGUUCCUGGAAACAUCCACUCCGCAGUUUGUUGGUUCUCAAUCUCCAUCAAGUCUCACUCACACCUGCAGCACCAGUACUGGGGUGUGACUGUGGAGAAAGUGAAUCGGGUAUGAAACAAGACAGGCGGACACAAUGGGGUAUGAGGAAGGUGAUUCAAAGGUGUGUUGCUGACGUGCAACAUGCAGAUUUAGCUCUUGGCACGGCAAAGUCGGAAAAUUGCAACUGGCUACUUCGCUGUAUUUAGACCAACCAUGCUGCAACAAUAGUGCCUGAUGCAGUUACUACUUUAUACCAGCGCACAGCGGUCACUUCUGAGCAACGUUUCCGGGCAUAUUAUCAGGUUUUGGAGUAAAAAAAAAAAAAAAAGUUUGAAAAAAGAUCAGCGUCAUGAAGACAAGGGCAGUGGUGGUUACACAGUUGAUAAGGCUAAUAGACACACUCUGAUGGAGAUCAUACAGCUGCACAGGAAGUGACGGCAGCAUUCUCUUCCACACCUAGUGACAGUGUGUCCAUUGUGUUGAUGCUCCAUGCCGGCCCGCGCAAUGCAUGAGCCGCGCCGCCCCGCCUGGAACGCUACUGGCAGAAAACGUUCUUAUACUCCAUUGAAACACCUAUGCGCAACAUUCAACAUGAGCUGCUCCAUAGAUCGGACUUCUGAAGUAUGAUUCCACUGUGAAUGUGGUAAUGAAUCACUCUGAGCUGCUGUGCUGGCCACUUCCCUCCUGCAUGUUUCUGCCUUUAUCAGUUGCACAUCAUAAUCCGCCAACCUUUCCACUUAUUUGGACUCUUAUUUGAUUUUCUUUAUAUUCAAACCAAAUUGCAUUUUAUAUCAUAUAAAUCAAAUCGUUUAGCAGUCGAGUCAGAUGUCAAGUUUGAGGCUGACUGGCCUAAGUCGACUCGUGUUUCUGCCCACUGUGACGGCGGGAGGCAGACAGGACCAAGUCAGCUGGAAGUUCCAAAUUCUGUGGAGCAAUGAAACCCAAGUAAGUACAUGGCAGUUGUGUACCCAAGCUCACCAUUGCAAUGUCUCAAAAUGGAGCCCUUCAAAUCCCUUUGAACCAGGUCUGUCACUCUUGCUGGACAUGUCCACCACUGAGCAUCGAGCCUUGAAUAACCCUUAUAGUAAGCGUGCAUUAAUUGUUGCCUGUUGAUAAAUAUUUAAGCAGAGAAAAUCCAAAACGUUUGCUUACAGCUUUUUGUUUGAUUUUUGUUUAUUUAUUCUCAUUAAGUUUUCUUCAUUAUUGCUCUUUGUUCCACACCAAUUUCCUGUUUGGUGGUAU